AUGGAAUAGAAAGAAGAUUUGUUUGAUUUGUUAGCUUCAUCAAAAGUUGUGGACUAAUCAAUGUACGAGGCGACAAUUAAACUGUUGAGAAAAGAAAAUGUGUCUGAUUGUUUAAAAUAUCUUUCAGAUUAGGAAAAUCUCUCAAGUUGUUUAUAGUCCAUUUACAAAGCAAUGGUUAAAACUAAAGUUAAUUAAGAAGAGGUGGCGAAAAAUUAAAUGUAGAUAAUGAUGAAUAUUUUACAAAAAGUUAAAGAUCAUGACUUUAAUAACAAAAAUUAUUGUGAAGACCUUUAUGAAGAAUUUAGAAAAGAUCUAAUCAAAAAAAUAAAAAAAAUUGAGAAAAUAAUAGAAUUGUUAAAAUUUUUAGUGCAACUUACAACUUUAGAUGAACAAUUUAUUCAAUGUGGGUCAAAUGCGCUUUAUUUAUUAGUGCAAAUGAAGGUUGAUCUUACCAACAAAAGCUUUGAAGAUAUUAGAAUUAAAAAUACAAGUUUGAUAGGUGCAAAUUUUGUCAAAUGUAAUUUGAGUGGAUCAAUAUUCGAGAAUGUAGACAUUAGUGGAGUGAAUUUAAAUAGUGCUCUCCUUUUAAAUUGCAAGUGGAAGUAUAUGAAAAUUAAUGAGCUUAAUAAAUUGGAUGGUCAUACAAGAAGUGUACAUUCAGUGUGUUUCUCACCAAAUGGAACUACUUUAGCUUCAGGUAGUUGGGAUAAGUCAAUCCGAUUAUGGGAUGUUAAGACAGGAUAAUAAAAAGCUUAAUUAGAUGGUCAAUGCGUGGGGAAUGUGAUUUGUUGCGGUUUAAAUGGUAUAUCUCCUAUAUACUGGUACGAUCUGUAGGUUGCUCUCCUUUUGGCCUGA